AUGGACUACGCCCGUCUACGCGCGGCCGCCCUCUCCGGCGAGGUCGAAGAGGCGGUGACGGUCGACACGCGCGCGCUCAUCGACAAGGUCCUCGCGCGCUACUCGGGCGAGUGGACGACCCUGCGCGAGCUGAUCCAGAACGCGGCCGAUGCUCAAGCGUCGACCGUCACCGUCAAGUGGGAGACCAUCCCGUCGACGUCCGUUCCCCUGCCGCAGAAUGCGACGCCGUCGGAUCUGUUGCAGCAUACGUUAAGACAUCAUACCAUUAGACGGCUGGUGGUGCAGAAUGAUGGGCUGCCGUUUAGCAAAACGGAUUGGCAGCGGUUGAAGAGGAUUGCGGAGGGGAAUCCGGACGAGACGAAGAUUGGUGCCUUUGGCGUCGGGUUCUACAGCGUGUUUGCGGAUUGUGAGGAGCCAUUCGUUAGCUCGGGCGCUGAGGCGAUGGCGUUUUAUUGGAAGGGGAAUGCGCUGUUUACCAGGAAGGUCACGCUGCCGGAGGAUCAGCAGAGCAAGUUGACUACCUUUGUGUUGGAUUAUCGGAGCACGACGACGCCGGUGCCGAAUUUGUUGAGCGUAGCGCAGUUUCUGGCGACGAGCCUGACAUUUGUGGCGUUACAGAGGAUUGAGUUCUGGAUUGAUGAGUGGAGGGUGUUGGGGCUGGUGAAGAAGAGCUCGCCGAGCAUGGAGGUGCUGGUUCCGAGGAGUUUGGAGACGACUACGAGGGAGAAGCAUUUUAGGCUGACGGCGGCGGAGAGGAUGAGCACUCAGAUUGAUGCGACAUUCAUGCACGUCUUGGGUUGGAAACCGCAGACUACGUCCUCAACAAGCAAACUCGCCGAGACGACCUUCGGCUCCGAGCUCUCCUCCCUCAAAGGCUUCUUCUCCCGUCUAACAGGUGUCUCCUCCCAAACAAAAGCCGCCAAGGAGGAGAAAUCCCUCCAAGACACCGUCGCUCAAGACCUGACUGCCACUUCAACAUCAACCAUCUUCCUGCGCUCUAUCUCAGCCCAGUUCGUCACCAGCGUAUCCUCCUCCUUCGCAGCCGAGCUCGAGCGCGCAACUAAGAAGCCCCCCCCCAAAAUCACGCGCAUCUCGAUACUUACCUCCUCUUACGAUGAGACCGUUGCCUCGGAGGAGGCAUCCUCCGCCGCAGCAGCCAAGAUUGCAGAUGUCUUUGCAACAGUCCUACCCAGCAAAAAGCCCGGCGGCCGGAUCUUCAUCGGUUUCCCUACCAUGCAAACUACGGGAGCAGGGAUGCACGUCUCCGCGCCGAGCGUGAUUCCCACUGUCGAGCGGGAGGCGAUUGAUCUGAACGCCCGCUGGGUCAGAACGUGGAAUGUGGAGAUGCUUCGGGCGACCGGUAUCCUUGCGCGGUUGGCGUUUGCGAGUGAGAUGGCGGAGUUGGAUCAGAAGCUGAAGCGCAUGGCGCAAGCCAAUGGUGACAACAAGAAGAAGGGAGGUGUUGUUGUGUCCGCAGCAGCGGAUGUGCAAAAAUGCGUCCCGGAAGCGCUGCACAUCCUCAAAACGUAUACCUUCACGGAGUCGACGCCCAAUGCGUAUGUGGCGCAGAUUAUUGAGGAGGGGUUCUGGACCGCGUGCAAAGAGCCGUUUAUCGAGGUUUUCUCGUCGAGGGGCGUGCUGCCUUCGACCAAGGUGCGCAACUCGUCGGAGGAGAUUGCGAGAUUUGUGGCGGGGAUUCCGGUUGUGUUGAAGGAGAUGCGGGACGCACCGUUGAUAAGGAAGCUGGUUGACUUCGGGCUGAUUCAGGAUGUCACAGUGGAGGAUAUUGCUCAGGAGUUGGGGAAUAAGGCGCUUGAUCGGGAGCAGCUCGGGCAUUUCCUGCAGUGGAUCACCAAAGGCGCGGCGGAGGGGGAGUUAGAUCGGCCGAGCGUGCAGCGUCUGCUUGACGUCGCUGUCGCGACUGUCUCAGCCGACGGCGCUGACUCCGGCGAGGUCAUCGCUCUCGGCUCGAUCAAGUACUAUCACAACAAGCUCAUCCCAGCCCAUCUUCCCAUCCCGCCGACCACCAUGCCGGUCGCUUUCACGGCGUCCAUCCCUGAGGGGAAGCUCCUCUCCCUGGGAUGGUCUCCCCUCUCCCUCGUGUUAUGGCUCCAGUUCCUGAUCGAGUCGGCCCCCACCAAACCCGCCGAGCAAGAUCUGACGAGAUCGGAUAAGUUUGCCCAUCAGGUGCUCAGCGUGCUGUCCAAGAACUGGGACAACCUCAGUCCGAAUUCGCGGGCGACGGUGGUCGGCCUGUUGCAAAAUAUUACCGUCAUGCCGACCAAAAUGGGUAUGAGGAAACCGGGCGAAUCGUUCUUCCCCAGUGUGAAGCUCUUUGAUGAUUUGCCUACGCUAGAGGGAUGUAUCAAUCUCAAAGAAAAGUUUCUUGUUGCGUUGGGCGUAAGGAAGACGGUUGAUCUGGAGACCAUUUUUACGAGACUGCUCACGCCAGGGGAGGGAGAUGCGCAAGGAGCGAAGUGGAGCCAUGUUGAGUUGAUCAAGUAUUUGACUUCUGUGCGGCAGGACAUUCCGGCUGCAGAUCUCAAGAAGCUGCGCGAGUCGCCUUUGUGUCCGGCGGAGGCGGGCCCGAAAGGGGCUGAGGCGAGUAAGCGGUCGGAGAGGCUGUACCGGGUGUGUGAGUUGUAUGAGCCGAAGGAUUCGCUCCGCGCGCUCGGGCUGCCCAUCCUGCAGUGGCCUGGUCCGUCGGGGAGUUUCAGGAGUAAUAGCCCUGAGGCAAAGUUCUUAUUUUCGUUGGGGCUGAAGGCGUAUCCGUCGGCGGAGCAGUUAGUCGAGAUGAUGGCUUCGCAAGACGAAGAGUUGAGGGGGAAUGCGAUGGCGUAUUUUAUUGCAAAUCACCACCUCAAUGGGUACACAAGUACGGAUCUGGCGGGCACAGACAAGAGGAUCUUGCCGAUCGAGGGAAAUGAGAAGGUGCUCGUAACGCCGUCGGCGUGUUAUACGAAUGAGAGGGCGGCUGUCAUGGGGUAUAAUAUCCUUCGCAGAGACCUACAUCCUCAUGCGAUGAAGUUUGGCGUUGCUCGGGAUCCGCCGAUUUCGGGUUGUGUCGAAAAGCUGAUUGCUAAUCCGCCUGCGGACCGACAAGCGGCGGUUACGUUGUUCGAGUACCUCACUUCGCGGCUGGGCGAUCUCAGACAUAAUGACCUCAUGAGGCUUAGAGAUGCGGCGAUUGUGCCUGUGGUGAGGUCGGCGUCGGCGGCUGGUAAGAGCGGAAAGCCGACUGUUGUGCUCGUCGCGCCAUCGAGAGUUUAUCUCGGCAGCUCGUCGACGUAUAAGGAUAUCUUUGACUUUGUCGAUUUUGGGGCCGACGCGAACAGUUUCCUGUUCAAGUGCGGUGCGAAGAGCGAGCCGACCAAGCAUGAGAUUGCUCACCUGGCUUGUACCGAGCCAGCGAGAUUGUUGAGUGUGCUGGAGAGCCCGGAGAAGUAUCUUAGCUUACUUAAGUCCAUUGCUGAGGAUCUCUCGACUCUUAAGCGGGAUAGAGAUCUCUACCGCAAAAUGAAGACCUCCCCCUGGUUGCUCGGCUCGAAGGAAGUCCCCUCGGGUAAGAACCGUUCUACAGACGACGACGAAGAAGAAGAAGAUGCCACCAUCAAAUCCUACCUCCUCGCCUCCCCUCCGCAGCUCACCAUCCUCGACGACUUUAUCUCCUACCGCCUCUUCAAAGACUCCCUCCUCUGCGCCCCCGAAGAGGACCUCCUCGAAGACAUGUACCUCGCCCUGGGCGCUACAACCCUCAGCAGCCGCGUCCAGGAAGAUCUGCGCAUCGGCCGGCCAACGCCCGACCAGCGCUCUGCCGAGUGGCUGCGCAAGCACGUCCUUGAAAGAGCAAAACUUUUUUUGCAUGAAUACGCCAAGGACAGGCCGAAUGCCGUAAAGCACGAUUACCGCUGGCUGGAGAAGAAUCUCCGCGUCAUCAGUGUCGCGUCGUUAGCUCUGCGCCGGACAUUGAGGGGUGUCCAGGGCGGGAGGGUGCACGCCGAGAGUCGGAGCGCCGCGAGCAUGAAGACGAGCGAGGGGCAUGUGCUGUAUGUCGCUGCGCCAGAGGGGGGGGAAGGGAAGCCGGAUAUGUAUCAGGUUGGGCAGGCCAUCUGUCAGAUGUUGUUGACGAGGCCAAAUCAGCAUGCGUAUUUCUUUUUUGAGCCGUUUUUGAAGUUGGGGUUGUUGGAGUUGAGAGCGAGAGGGUAUAAUGUCGAUCGGAUUUUGAGGGCGAAGGCUGCUGAGGCGAGGUUGGCUGAGGAGGAGAAGAGGAGGGCACUGGAAGCGGAGAGGCAAAAGCUAGAGGUGGAAGAGAGGGAGAGGAAGAGAGUCAAAGAACAGGAGCAGCAGCAGCAGCAGCAGCAGCGGCAGCAGCAGAGGGGUGUUCAGACGCCGCGACAGGGUGCUAGAAUGCCCGGGGCGUUUGAGGAAGACUCUCCUGAGCAAGAGCAGGCAUUGGUGAGGUCGCAUAGCGGCCAGCAGCAGCACCAGCCGGAGCAGACCACGACAGUCAGGAGUCUUUUCAACGCAUUUACACGCCGACUCGGCAUCGACGUCGACACGCUCACAUCCCCACAAUCACAACAACAACCUCCCCCCAAACAGCCCGAAUCUAAACCUUUUCCUUCUCCCCUAGCCCCUCUACCACCUACUUCCUCUGACAACGACCCCAUCACGGGUCCUUUAACCUCCCCCUCCUCCCUCCGCCGAACCCUCCUCACAGCCAUCCAACAAACCCGUGCCCACACCUCCCCUGAACUCAUUUCUCCCCCGGCCCAAACUACCGUCCCUGAACUGCCGCUGUACUGCGACUCGACUCCCGCAGAACACAUCUCCUUCGUAGCGGAAGCUCCCCGCGGCAUGCACGUCUUCCUCCCCAAGGGUAUGACCCUCCAAGCAACGGAGUUUGUCACCCAGCACGCGGAAGCAAUUGGGCUAUUUGAAGGUGUCCUGAGGGAUGUAGUCGCAGUGUAUGAAUUGCCUUCGCCGGGCGUGGUGUCCAUUUUCUGGGAAAGGGGGAAGACGGUUGCGUUUAAUAGGGCAGGCAGUUUGUUUUGUAAUUUGGCCUAUUUCGAGGAGUUGCAUGUUCAUGGGGUGAAGACGAACCAUGGGGGGAUGGGAAGGGUUGAGGCAGUUACGUGGUGGUGGGUUGUACUGGCGCAUGAGCUGGCACAUAAUCUCGUGAGCGUGCAUGAUGCUAAGCAUGGAUAUUAUACCGAGUCCUUCCUCCAGCAGUACUUUGCCAAGAUGAUGGCUCUCGCCGCGCAGUGGCUGAAUGCCCCAGCCUCUUCGGUUACUGCUGCUGGUGGUGCUAGAGGAUCAGAGACUAGGACUUUGCCAUCGUCGUCGUCGAGUGGGCGUCUGCAACGGGAGCCGUCACUGCCGUUGGAACCCCCGCCGCCAUAUAGUCCUUUCGACUAG